GCUGCUUUGCAUAUCCUGUUUCUCUGACUCAGAGGAUGACGGCAGUCCGGCUCGGAGGCUAGCCGACCUGCGCUGCAUUGAUGCUCGGACUGCUGAACAAAACUGAAAGCAAGAAAAAGGCAAAUAUCCAAUGAUGGACGGGUUCGCGGGGGACAUGCUUAGCACCAGCCGAGCUCUGCUCGACGAGGACAGCUCGGUGAUGGCUCGCAUGCAGAAGAAGUUCUGGAAGACCAAGCAGGUCCUUAUCAAAGCCACGGGCAAGAAGGAGGAUGAGUACGUGGUGGCGUCAGACGCUGACCUGGAUGCCAAGCUCGAGUUCUUCCGCUCGGUUCAGUCCACGUGCACAGAGCUGCUGAAGGUGAUUGAGAAGUACCAGCACAGGAUUACACGCUUGUCUCAGGAAGAGAACGAGCUCGGCCUGUUUCUGCGCUUCCAGGCCGAACAUGAUCGCACCAAGGCUGGAAACAUGAUGGAUGCCACCAGCAAGGCCCUGUGCACCUCCGCCAAGCAGAGGAUGGCACUUUGCCCACCGCUGCACCGUUUGCACCAGGAAGUGGAGACAUUCAGGCGGCGUGCCAUCGCCGACACACUGCUGACAGUCAGCCGUAUGGAGAAGGCCCGCACAGAGUACAGAGGAGCUCUGCUCUGGAUGAAAGACAUAUCACAGGAACUGGACCCAGACACUUACAAACAGCUGGAAAAGUUCCGCAAGGUCCAAGCCCAGGUCAGAGGGACGAAGAGCCAGUUUGAGAAACUGAAAAAUGAUGUUUGUCAGAAGGUGGACAUGCUGGGAGCGAGUCGCUGCAACAUGCUUUCCCACUCCCUCUGUACCUAUCAGACCACGCUGCUGCAGUUCUGGGAGAAGACGGCCCACGCCAUGUCAGAGAUCCAUGAGGCCUUCCAGGGACAUGUACCAUACCAGUUCACCACACUCAAGGAUCUGCGGGAUCCGCUGGAGCAGAUAACAGACUCACAGAAACAAGCGGACAAGAAGGAGCAGGCUGUUCAAAGCAACGCAGACAAUCUGGUGUCCUUGGACGACGACAAGCCAUCAGGAAGUGCCUCUGACACAGACCCCACUCACGGCGGUGAAGGACAGAGCCAAACCAGCGACAGUGUGCACCAAAAAGCUUCCGUAGCCACGUCAGCCCUGCAUGAUCUGAGAGGACUGUCAGCGGGCUCUGAUGACAACCUGAUGCUCAUGGCCUGUGAUCGGCCACGGCCACAUCUCCCAGCCCCGACAAGUGUCCCACUCCAGCCCCAGCUCCUGUCUCCUUCUCAGGCUGGAGACCAGAAUGAGCCCUGGGGCUUUGGAAGCCUCCAAUCCAGCCUCACUCAGCUGCCUGCCACCGGUUGUGGUCUGCUCUCAGGUGGUCAACCCGACCCUGCAGGGACAGGGCUGAGACCAGAGGAGGAGGACAGUGAGAAGGGCGACAUGGCCUUCCUCAAGGACCUCCUCAGCCCCGGUCCAGGGGCAAACGAUGAGUUCAGCAAAGAGUGGCAGGAUGCUUUCGGGAUGUUUGACCCCCCCAGAGGCCCUCCCGCAGUCCCUCCUGCAGUCACAGGGGCAGUGAGCAGUGGGCAAGCAGCGUGUCUGCCCUCUAACCCUCCGAGCCCCACAGGCUUCCUGCCCUCCCAGCUGCUGGAUCACAGCCUGAGUGCCACAGGCUGGUCAACCCCACCUAUGUUCCAAGCUCCACCCCUGCAGCCUUCUCCUGGUCAGAAGCAAUCAGCUCAGUUGGCUCCAAGUCCAGCAGCCAAUGCUGCUCCAGGUGGAUCCAAAGACAUGUCCGCCUGGUUCAACCUGUUUGCAGACCUGGAUCCUCUCUCCAACCCAGACGCCAUUGGACGCUCCGCGGAUGAGCUGCUCAAUGCCUGAAGUUCUGUGUGUGUGUGUGUGUGUGUGUGUGUGUGUCUGUGUGUCUGUGUGUGUGUGAUUUCUCUCCAAGGUUCUGGAUUUCAGCAACUUAUCAUGUCAACAACCACGUAAAUGAUCUCACACUAACAGUGAAACACACACACAGACAUUAUGAACACACAUGCACCUGCAUUUCUGUUACAAAGAAGAGAUGUGUACAUGACCUGGUUUAAAAAUACUCAUAUUUGUGUUACAUUGGACGACGACAUUUUCCACUGACGAUUGUUAAACUCUCCUCCUCUGCAGCUCACAGCUGCUCUCUGCAGCUUUGAACUAGACUGUUAACACAACACAAGACGCCAAUGACUCACGUGCACACAGCAAACCUCAUGUGCUCUGUGUUAGUUUUCACUGCUAGUGACUGCAGCUCCUGUCGGGCGGACAGAAUGUUUGGGUUACGGUUGUGCUUUGGACAGCGUUGCCUGCUUUUCUGUCUUUGAUUCAUGUUUGCCUCGUUUGGGUGUGUCAGUUUGCUGUGUGUACACAUCACAAGGGAAAACAAUCUAUUUACUCUCUAACGUUUAUAUGUAGUAGCACAUGAUUGUCACAUAUGAACGAAGAGCAUAUAUGUAUAAAUGUGUGUGUGUAUAUAUAUAUAUAUAUCUAUAUAUAUAUAUC